UUACGCUGCUCAGUCUAACCACACUAGACUUCAGUCUUGGCAGGAGAGCACGCGGCUAGUGGUUCUUAGGGAUUCCAAGAAGACAGGAGAUUGGAAGGAGGUUACAAGGAUCGAACGAAAACAGAAAUCAAAGAUGUGCUGUUUCUGAGGCAUUACUCGCGAUGAAUUCCAUUUUGAUACAGAGGACGGUAGAACUAAAACUGAGCGUAACGAAACCAGCCGUCAAGAGAAGAAGGGGAGGACGAAAUGACCAAAGAAACAAACGUCUGAUGGAAGUAACGUGAUUACUAUAUAUACCGCUGGUCGUUCGCAUUGCAAAAUUCAACAACGUCAGGUCUGGAUAGUAGCUACUUGGAUUGGUGACCACAAGGAAAAGCAGACACCGUCGGACGAUUCAUUAUUCGUCAUCCUUGAGUUUUCAACCGACUUCCAUAUGCAGUAAAAAAGAAAGAAAAAAAGGGCCCAAGAAAGAUGUUUCCAGCUCCCAGUUAUUCUUACGCACCAAACAACGACGAUGACCUCGACAUCGACUUCAACCAGUUUGAGUUGAGCCCUCAACGAGAAACAUCAAAUCCUCUGUUCUUCGAGGAUAACGUACCUCCGCCGGCUUGGCUUCAGAACGGCACAUUCUCUGGCGGUAGAAGGCAACCCCUCCCUACGACGUGGUCCCCACUACUGCCUGGUGGCAGGUCUUCAUUACCUCCGCCUCAACAACCAAGCCAAAACCACCCACCACCACCGGAAGACCUCCUAAUACCUCCUGCAGAACCACUAGCCAGCAGCAAUCACCUACCUCCGGGCAGACCUCCUUCCCCGAGUGAAUCCGUCUCAGAUCGAAUCACAGCUAUGAUGCUGGCACCUCCCGAUUCGUCACCUCGCUUGCCAGGAUCUAGGCUGAAUGAUGGCCCAUACUACGCCCCUGGGCCCCCAGGCAGAGAGCAGCCGCCCACCCAUUACAGACAAGAGGUUCCUCCUCCUCAGUUACAACCAUACCCUCCAGAGGCAGUAGCCAUGCACAGCAGCAGACAUGCUGAACAGCAUCCCCACCCUCUACCACUGGAUAGGACUAUGAUGGACCCGAGCAGAUAUGCUCCAUCUUCAGGGCACUAUAAUUCACAGCCACCCCCUCCCCAUAGAGUUUAUUCUCCACCACCCGCACGAAGACAAGAUCAUCUACCACCACAACAAGCACUACAGGACAGGUCACCCGUGAGACAUCCUCCACAUCCAGCAGAUUAUGAAAAUGUACCACGCCCUCCAGUGCCACCAUUAGGCCGUGACGAAGCAAGGUACCCUCACCAAAAUUCUCCCAGAGAUUUUGGACACAUGAUGCCCAUUAAUGAUGUGCCACCAGAUGCCAUGAACCCCCUGCAAAGACCAGAGUACUUGCCCCCACAAGUGCAGAAUGACAGAGUACCACCGCCAAGGCAUGUUUCAAAUCCAGCAGCUUACCGAACAGCACCACGCCCUCCGACACCACCACUAGGGCAUGAAGCCAGGUACCUUCCACAAGAAAACAGGCAGCAGGCCCAGCGGGAGGAUCAUUUCCCUCCAAGAGAUCACGGCACUCGAAGGACACUUCCCGCAAACGCAACGCGACCACCGCCGCAACAACAGCCUCUCUCAUCACCAGAACAGAAACCGAGAAGUCGGAGCGUCAGAGAAAACAGAUCACAACAGCAUCGCGAACAGAGAUCCAGAACAAUUUCUACACCCGCGAGCCGGCCGCUUGAGAAGAUUCGAGAAUUCGCUCCUUACAAUCCUAAGGCACCUUCUAUUCCUUUGCCAGAUUACGAAGGGGAGGCAGCUUGCGAGUAUGUACCAAAGCCAGAUUAUGGCGAGGAUGUAGUGACUGCCUACGUGCCCCGGCCAGAUUAUCUGAGCUGAGAGUCCCAGAGCAGAACUCCAGGUUAAGGAUUCCUAGGCUAAAGUGUAUCACGCUAUGGUUGCAAUCUUGUAUGGUGAAGGCCACCUGUCUCUCCACCCAGUCACUCACAUGCAAAUCUACAGGAAAAUUAUUACAUAAUUUCUCGAUGGUUGCCGAGUUUUUUCACUACUGAUCAAACUCUUUUCACAGAAUGUAGGCCUAUAACAUCUCUUAUAUCAGUUUCAUGCUCAAAUCGGUUAUGCAAGACAACCCGAAUCCAUACUGUGACUGCUAAUACCUAAUAAUUAGAAAUGUACCAGCAGCUUGGUUAAUUGUGUUUCUUUCACAUUUUUCAUAUUCUGCAUAUUUAGGGUUCCCAUUUUCAUAAAAGACUAUUUUCCAUAAAUUGAAUGGAUGUCAAAUUACAAAUCGCAUGUAUAGACACAAAAAUUGUUUCAUGAAGGCUUCUUAUGUCCAGACUUCUCUGACUGUCAGUUUUUAACAUAUCAUUAUUACAAUAAUAUCAUAAUAGUUUAACCAGACCACUGAUCUAACUAUUGGCUCUCACAGGGAAUAACCUCUAGCCAUAACUAGCGACUCCAUCUACAUCAGUGAAUAAGUGUAAAUCGAUUAAAGUAUCUUUUUUUUUUUCGUUUAAAUUGACAUUGUUUUUUGAGGGGUGUAUUACAAUACGAAAGAUGAAGCCUCCUUGUAAAAUUCUUUUGUUUUCGGAAAUAAAGAUCAAAUGAAAACCUA